AGUUCAACAUGUCUCAGAAAGAAACAUAAACACUCCUCUGAAAUAUUCUUGUCAAUAGGAUAUCACACAUUGAAUUCGAUAAAAGGUUGAACAGCUGUAGAAGACAUUAUCAUAUGCGGACACAACACUCUAGGUAAGGGUGGGCAAAUAGGACAGAUAUCUAUACAUAGCACUCAGACUCAAAUGGAUAACAGAGUUACGCACUAGCAUUAACACAGGCUAGAAAACACAGGCUUACUCUAAAGUAGCAUUAAACAUUAAACACAGAAUUUCACAUUUACACAUCACACGCAGCAUUAUGGGGUGCACGACUCCCUUGCAGGCUACAAUAUCUUUAGAGGUAACAGUCUGUAAAAGCUCUAAUAAAUGCAGACAUUUUACAGUAAUUUUUCAUUUUUAUUUAACCGUCUUUGCACACCGACUUGUUUCUUCCCUCCUCUCUGACAUGAAGUGUGUGCAAUGGUGUUGUUCAAGCCCCAGGAGUCGCAGUAGACUACAGGCCUGUGUCGGUCACAGUGCAGUCGGUUACAACGUUACAACGUUUAUGUGGGAGUAUUCUUCAGGUGUCAGUGGAGCUGGUUGCGGGACUCCGACGGUACGAUUAGUGUAGACUAGUUAGACGGGUAUAUUAUCUAGUUAAAGAACGUUUCAGUCAAUAGAAGAUUAGCGGCAUUAACAAUGUCACACGGUCUGUUUUGGAGACGAAACUCGUCGUCGUAGGCUAUUAAUAACUCUGGUGUUGACACCAGUAAGUUAACUGCCUGGAGCCUUUAUCUCUGCGCCCGGUGACCAGAAGGCGCUCCCGUUGAAACACCCGUGCCUCGCCGACAAACGGAAACCCGACAUAGUCUGAAUUCGGUAUGUGAGAGGCCGAUCCAGAGGGCAGGCAGCAUCACUUCCCAGACAACACACCCCAUUGUUCCCAGCGCCCACCCUUCCACAGAGGGCCUCCGCCAAACACUGGGGGAGUAAAGGGGACGCUUCAUCCAGACAGAGGGGAGGGUUCCUGGGGCUGGUUCCUGUUGGUUUGGACAUUUCUUCCUGCCUUGGUGUGGUGGCCAUAUCAGCAGCAGAGGAGCUCUGUGGAAGACAGUGAAAGAUUGACACAGGCUGUGACAGCUGACUCCAAGAGGGCUUCACGGCAGACCAGAUUUUGGUGAGCCGACAUGCCUGUCCCACCACCUCCACCUCCUCCUCCUCCUCCUCCUCCAUCAGCUCCAGCUCCAGGUCCACCAUCCCUUCAUCAGACUAUAGCACCACCACAGACGCAGACAGGACACUCUGCACUGGGGGCAUCAGAGCGGGGAGGCCGCAAUGCUCUCCUGGCAGACAUCCAAAAGGGAAUGUGCCUGAAGAAGGUCACGCAAGUUAAUGACCGCAGCGCCCCUCAGGUUGACAAGCCAAAGGGGGCAGGCACAGCGCUGGGUGGAGGCGGCUCCAGUGGCUCAGGCGCAGCGCUGGGCGGAGGCGGCUCUGCCCCCCCACCUGGAGCAUCCUCUCUUGGAGGUCUGUUUGCUGGAGGCUUCCCUGUGCUGAGAUCUGUUGCAAAGGGUGACUCUAAAGCACCCCAGCACAACCCUGUAUCCCGGUCUGGCUCAUCCUUAAGUCUGAGGCAGCCCCUGUGGAACCCUCCAAUGAAUCCGGGGGAUUUCCGUGGCAGCGCCCCAGAUCUCUCCACUGCCCAUAGGCCUUUGGAGAGGAGAUGGUCCCGCCCCUCCCCGACUACAUCAGCCCCUCCACCCCCGUUCCCUCACACCACCCCCUCCAGACCUCCAUCAUCAGGCCCUCCCCCUCCCCCCCAUCUCUCCUCAGACAGACCAAAGAUCUACCCUCCACCUCUUCCCACCUGUCCCCCUCCACCUCCCCCACCAGCUGCUACCUACAUCACCAAACCCAACUGGUUACCCGUCCAGCACCCUAUCAUGCCCUCCACUCCCCCACCCCCACCCCCACCUCCAGCGCCCUCCCUCCCUCCCCCUGCCCUGCCUGACCAUUCCACAGGUGCCUACUACUCCUCUCGGCUUUCAUACCCCCCUUAUGAGCCGCACCAGGGAAUGGACACCUUCCCCCCUCCCCCUCCCCCCCACCCCUCCUCAUACACCCCAAGCUGUCCCUCUUAUCUGCCCCCACCCCCUCCUCCACCGCUGCCUCCUUCUAAAUUGCCUCCUUCCCACCCGACCUCCUUCAGACCUGCUGUCCCCCCCCUCCCUCCCACCUACCCCUCCACGGCUCCUAGCAGACGCCCGCCCGCUGUGCCGUGUCUUUCAGGUAUCGGGAGACUAGGUCUGCCCCCUGCUCCACCUGCGAGAUCUCCAACCACAGAGUUGUCCAGCUACUCUCUCCUGCCACCUCCCCCUCCUCCUCCUCCUCCCCCUCUUCCUCCUUCUCUCCACACAAUGACCUCCAGUCAGGGGAAUGGCUACCUGCACAGCCUGGAUGACUUUGAGUCCAAAUUCCAGUUCCACCCCUUAAAGGACUUGCCUCCACCCAAAGAGUUCUGUCCAUUUCCACGAAUGUACCCAAGCAAGAUGAAUCAAGUGUCACCAAAGCCUCCGGCGAUCAGGACUCACCUGCGGUGAAUCCCUCCCAGUGCCUGGCAUACCAGUCCGGCUGUCCUCCACCCCCUCCCCAUCACGCUGGCAUCUGGACUAACCCAAUGACCUAAUGACUCACAUCCCCCCUCACAGCACAAACCAAAGAACUACAGAGCCCAGUAGAACUACAGAACCCAGUAGGCAGAGGAGACAUGUCUAAGUGCUGUUCAAAUCAAAACAGACAAGUGACAAUUUCAUGAUUUUUGUUGAUAGCAGCUAAUCAGUGCCUUAUUGUAAGCCUGUACAUCAUACAUCAUUUUGAUUUUCUAUGGUUUUGUAAUCUGAAUUAUAGUUAUGGUCUUGAAGUGGACUUUUCUUGGACAGGGAUCUAAUUGAGAGAGCAGGAUAUGUUUCUGUUUCAUUGUCUAGUCAUGCACCUCAGCCCCUUGGAUAUCAUAACAAUCUAUAACAGUAAGCUCUGUACACUGGCUAACAAGACAAAUGCGCAUUCCAGCACCUCACUUGUGACUGAUGAGGCAAACAUAACCUAUGGCCUAUUUUGUCUUUGUAUGUACAUGUUUGUCUGUCACAUUUUGCUUGUAUGGCAGAACAUAAACUGACCUCUGUAUAUAUAGUUGUAUUUAACUUGUAUGUGUUGUAGUAUGUAUUUUUUGCUCCGCCUUCGUGAUAAUCAACCAUAAAGAUGUCUUGGAAACACUG